AAGGGCCGGAGAUCAUUUUAUAUCCUGAAGAAAAAUAUGUAUAUCACCAAUUAUUUCAAGUAGCUGAUGAAGGGAAAAAAGGUGUUAUUGAAGGAAAAUAUGCUGCAGAUUUUUUGAAGAAGUCAAAUUUAUCUUCAACUGCUUUGAGCGAAAUAUGGAAUUUAGCUGAUUAUGAGAAUCAAGGCGUUUUAACAACACAAACUUUUAUCAUUGCUGUUAAAUUAAUUGCUUUGGUUCAAAAUGGUCAAAAGCCUGACAUGAAUUUAUUAAAAACUAAGGUACCAUUACCACGUUUUGAGGGCAUUAACGUGGAAACGGGUUAUAUUAUUACUGAUGAUAUUCGUGAAAAUUAUAGAAAAAGUUUCUUAAGAUUGGAGCCUGAAAAUGGUCUUGUAGAUGGCAACAAAGCAAGAGAAAUUUUUUUGCGAUCUAAAUUAUCAUUAGAAACACUCCGUCAAAUUUGGAAAUUAGCCGACACAAAAAAUAGAGGAAAACUUGAUGUAAACGAAUUUAUCAUUGCAAUGCAUCUAAUAAAACAAUAUAUGAACAAAAAUAUUAAAGAAAUCCCACAAACUCUUCCAAAUGGAUUUUAUGAAAUGGUUGCUGGAAAUUCAUCAAGCCCUUUGAUCUCACCUGCUGCCAGGAGUUUUACAGAUGGGUUUAAUACAAAAUCUCCGUUUAUAGAGGAUUCAUGGGAUGUGACACCUGAAGAUAAAGCAAAUUAUGAUAAAUUUUUUGAGCGUAUUGAUGAGAAGAAACGUGGAUUUUUAACAGGAGAUGAGGCUGCAAAUUUUUUUAUGAAAUCAAAAUUGAACCAAGCUACAUUGGCAAUGAUAUGGGACCUUUCUGAUAUAGAUAAAACUGGACAUCUAAAUCAUGAAAAAUUUGCUGUUGCUAUGUAUUUGAUCCAAAAAAAGUUAAAAGGAUUUCCAUUGCCAACCAUUUUACCAACAAGUCUUAUUCCACCAUCAAUGCGUCACACUACCGCAGCUAGUCAUUUUUUAAAAAGAGGUUCAACCAUUGGUCAUAUUCCAAAAACAAAUAUUGGAUCAACUUCAUCAUUGGUAUCACAUCGUUCAAUAGAAAAUUUCUUUGAUUUAAAUGACCCUACAGACUCACAAAACAUUUUUCUUUCAGACAAAGCUGUUCCCAAAGGUAAAUUCAGUUCAAAUGAUGAAUUAAAAAUACAAAAAAACAAUCUAGAAUCAACUCUUGCUAAUUUAAUAAUACAAAAACAAGAAUUUAAAGAUCUUUUCUUACAAACACGUUCUUUGUAUGAAGCUGAAUUUAAGACAGUAAAAGAGAUUCAAACUCAAUAUCAAUUGGAAAAUGAGAAUCUUGAAAGAGCUAAAGGAGAACUUGCACAAGCUGAAAGAGCUUUAGCUGCUAUAAAAUUGGAGAAGGAACAAUUAAAAGAAAACACCCAAAAAGAUAAAGAUGAAAUAAAUGAAUUGAAAAAGAAAAUGAGAUUAGUUGAAGAAGAAACAGUAUCGAUUAAAGCCGAAAUUGAAAAAAUUCAGAAAGGAAAUAGACAACAAAAAGGUUUACUUGCAAUUAAUAAAAAGCAAUUAGCGACUGUCGAGGCUGAAAGAGAAAAAUCAUUAGAGACCUUAAAAAAUUUUGAAAAAAGUAGUAAUAAUUCACCUGAUAUCGAUGAUGUUUUUGUUUCUACACCAUCAACAAUAACGCCAACUCCAUCAAAUAAUAAUUCCUCCGAUAUUUUUCAAUCAAUAUUUAAUGAACCGGAAAAAGAAUCUGCAGAUUUUUUUAAUGAACAAAAUGAAAAUAUAUUUCAACAACCUCCCAUUGAAGAUAGCGCAACUUCAACUGUUGAUCCAUUUAAUUCUUCUAAUAAUUUUAAAAAGUCAACAUCAGACAAAUCAGCUUUUGAUUCUGCAUUUGCGACACUUGAGUCUACAAAUAAGACUGACGAUGAUCCAUUCUUAACUGACACUUUUAAUUCCGAGAAAUUUCCAUCCGCAACUGAAACUAAACCAAAUUCAUCAGAUGAAAAGGUUGCCUCGCCAUUUAUGAAUGAAGAUAAAGUUGAAAAUGCAUUUAAAAAUGAAUCAACUGAUUUAUUAAAAGAAUUAAUGAAACCUUCAACUAAUACCAAAGAUGCUCAUUCGUCAGAAGAUCUUGAUUUUAUUUUUACUGGUCUAACUGAAGCAAAAGUCAUGGAAACUACUCCUCCAAACACCACAGUUUUAGAUGCUGCGUUCGGAGGCACUUUUGAGGAAGCAAAAGCUGAAAAUAAUCAUGAAUUUGAAGAUGCUUUUGAAAUGGGUUUUCCAAGAGAGAAGGUUAUAAAGGCACUUGAAGAUAGUGAUUAUGACCUUAACAAAGCAAUACAGAUUUUAUCACCUAACAAUUAA